UUUGAUAAAUCUAUUAAUAAUAUAAUAUAAGAUAUAGGUAGAAAAGAAGAAAAGAUCAUAUAAAAUUUAAGGUUUUUAACAUCCACAAGGGCAAAUACCACAUUCUUGGGCCUUCUGCGCCCUUUCAACCUCUUGUAAACAAGAGCAGUGAUAACAUGUCUUGCCAGAUAAAAUAAAAUAAAUCUGCCUAAACAUCUAUGCAUUAGGCGGUGAAAGCUUGGCGGCGAAAAUGGCGAUGGUGGCUUCAAACCCUGAGACUAAACCCACCGAAACCCCCGAAGAACCCUCACAGCAAGGAGAAGGAGGAGGAGGAGAAGAGGUGGGAGGAUACAAUGUGUGUUUCCAGAAGCUUGCAGUGGAUGCGGCUGGUGGCGCUUUUAUGGGCUCCAUUUUUGGCUUUGGUUCAGGGCUUGUCAAAAGGAAAGGUUUCAAAGAAUCGCUUGGAGAGGCAGGAUCAUCUGCAAAGAGCUUUGCCAUUCUAUCUGGAGUUCACAGUUUUGUUUCGUGCUUCCUGAAGAAAUUACGUGGCAAAGAUGAUGCCAUAAAUGCAGGUAUUGCAGGUUGUGUCACAGGUCUUGCUCUCAGUGUACCAGGGACACCACAAACCCUUCUGCAGGGUUGUGUCACUUUUGGUGCUUUUUCUUUUAUCCUCGAGGAAUUUAACAAACGACAGGUUGCUGUUGCCCUUCCACUUUCAAGGUCUCUGGAACAGGAACAGAACAGUUUUCCACAGAUUCCAUUUCCUGUUCUUCCUCCAUUCACGUUACCUUCUCCUUUUUUCAAAGGUUUUUCAGCCUUGCCUCAAUCGGAGCUACACAGUUCAAGUAGGAGUCGUAAGUUAUAACCUUUUCAAGUGUAAAAUUUGAUUUAUUAAUUUUCGGUAAACACUUGAGCAAUUGAGUGCGAGUUAUGCAAGGGCGAUUCUGUUGUAUUUCAUUUGAUAUUUUGUAAUGUUAUUUGAUCUUUCAUUGAACAUUUACAGGUUUGCAAAUUAAUUGUAUUCAUUUUUAGAGUUUUGGUUU